AUGUCUGCUCCAGCUCAAAACUACAAGGUUGCUGAUAUUUCCCUUGCUGCCUUUGGUAGAAAGGAAAUCGAAUUGGCUGAACAUGAAAUGCCAGGUUUAAUGGCUAUUAGAAAGGCUUACGCUGCUGAACAACCUUUAAAGGGUGCCCGUAUCGCCGGUUGUUUACACAUGACUAUCCAAACUGCUGUCUUAAUCGAAACUUUAGUCGCUUUAGGUGCCGAAGUUACCUGGUCCUCUUGUAACAUUUACUCCACUCAAGACCAUGCUGCUGCUGCUAUUGCUGCUGCUGGUAUCCCAGUCUUCGCUUGGAAGGGUGAAACAGAAGAAGAAUACCUAUGGUGUAUUGAACAACAACUAUAUGCCUUCAAAGAUGGUGCUAAAUUGAAUCUAAUCUUGGAUGAUGGUGGUGAUUUGACCUCUUUGGUACACGAAAAACAUCCAGAAAUGUUAGAAGGCUGUUACGGUCUUUCUGAAGAAACUACCACUGGUGUUCACCACUUAUACAAGAUGGUCAGAGAAGCCACUUUGAAGGUCCCAGCCAUCAACGUCAAUGAUUCUGUCACCAAGUCCAAGUUUGACAAUCUAUAUGGUUGUAGGGAAUCUUUAAUCGAUGGUAUCAAAAGAGCCACUGAUGUCAUGUUGGCUGGUAAAGUCUCUGUUGUUGCUGGUUACGGUGAUGUCGGUAAAGGUUGUGCGGCUGCUUUAAGAGGUAUGGGUUCUCGUGUCCUUAUCACAGAAAUCGAUCCAAUCAACGCUUUACAAGCUGCUAUGGAAGGUUACCAAGUCGUUACCAUGGAAGAAGCUUGUAAAAUUGGUCAAGUCUACGUUACUACUACUGGUUGCAGAGAUAUCAUCAAAGGCGAACAUUUCUUACAAAUGCCAGAAGAUGCUAUUGUUUGUAACAUUGGUCACUUUGACAUCGAAAUCGAUGUCGCCUGGUUAAAGGCUAACGCUAAGGAAUGUGUCAACAUUAAGCCACAAGUCGAUCGUUACCUAUUAGAGUCUGGCAGACAUGUCAUCCUAUUAGCCAACGGUAGAUUAGUCAACUUAGGCUGUGCUACCGGUCAUGCCUCCUUUGUCAUGUCUUGUUCUUUCUCUAACCAAGUGUUGGCUCAGAUCGCUCUUUUCAAGGCUAAGGAUGAGGCUUUCAGAAACAAACACGUCGAAUUCCAAAAGACUGGUCCUUUCGAAGUUGGUGUUCAUGUCUUACCAAAGAUUUUAGACGAAGCCGUCGCUAAAUUCCACUUAGGUAACUUAGGUGUCCACUUAACCGAAUUAACUGACGUUCAAUCUGAAUACUUAGGUAUUCCAAAACAAGGUCCAUACAAAGCUGACCACUACAGAUACUAA